AUGAGGCUGAACUACAGCGAACCAACGACUCCAACCCUCAGCCGCCAGAAUACCCUGAGACCAAAUGGCGGCCAUCAUUACCGGAGGGAUACGCAUCCGCAUCAGUUCUCUUCGCGGACAAAGCCUAGGAGAUGGCCGCUAGUCCUCCGCUUCAUCAAGGGUGCAAUCCACGGCGCGAUUCUGGUACCGGUUUGCUUUCAUGCUCUCUUUACCGCGCUGGUGGUGUGGUUGGAUCGAUAUAUUUUUGUUACAGUGGGAUUGCCGAAUAGUAUUAUCCCCUCCCUCUCAAUAGUCGUCGGUCUAAUGCUCGUCUUCCGCAACCAAACCUCCUAUAACCGAUUCUGGGAUGGCCGCAAUGGCAUGAACACCAUAACCACCUGCGUGCGCAAUUUAGUCCGAAUCAUAACCACGAACGCCUACAGUACCAGCCGCCCCCUAACACCCGCCGAGAAAGAGGACAUAGAACGCACGAUAAGAAUUCUAAUGGCCAUCCCGUUUGCGGUGAAGAACCAUCUCCGUGCUGAAUGGGGUGCCGCCUUUGCCUUUGCUAUCGGGAAUGAUGUCGCGGAGAACGGCAUGGCGGUGUACAAUCCCGACUAUGCGGGCCUUCUUCCUAGCGGGCUGGAGGGACAUGAGGAUGAGGGACUCGGGUUGCCAUUUCAGUUGACUUUUUUCGUCGAUGGGUUUAUUAAACGCGGGGUGGAGAGGGGUUGGUUUCAUGCGCCUGGUGCUUCGCAGAUGCAGGCUUUGUUGAAUACUUUGACCGAUGCUUACGGGAAGAUGGAGACUAUAAGGUUGACUCCUAUUCCCGUUGCGCAUUUAAUACACCAAAAACAGGUCUUGGCCCUCUACUGCUGCGCCCUCCCCUUCGCCAUGGUCGAUGACAUGGCGUGGUGGACUGUCCCCAUGGUCUCCCUAGUAACAUUCACCCUGUACGGGAUCGAGGGCAUCGGCUCCCAACUUGAGGAUCCGUUUGGCUACGACCGUAAUGAUAUCAAAAUGGACGCUAUCGUCCGCGACACGAAGAUGGAGAUCGAUGCCGUACUUUCUGAAUGGCGUAAGGUCAUGAAAGUUGCCCCCAGUCCUGAUCCUGAGCCCGUCAGGACAACGACGGGAAGUACUGCGCUGGAGGAGGGGCCAGCUAGUUGGCGAUAA